GGGAAAGAGACAACGCAGAGGCUUGACAUCUUCCCCGAGAGCCUGAGCGGACCCGAGAGCCCGUCCCAGCUGCUGCAGCUGGUGCAGCAGGCUCUCCCUUCUGGAGACAAGGAUGUGGAAGCUUUUUGGAAUGGUCGUUUUCUGUGGGCUCCUCUCUCCGUCUCAGCAGGUCUUGUCCGGCCUGUCCUGCGCCAUCAGCCCAGGGGCGAUGCAGAACGUUCUCUCAGAUUUCAUAAUUCAGAGUGGGCUCCUGGACCAGCACCUGCGGGGUCUGGUGCUCCCAAACAUCAUGGGUGAAGGGGGUCUGCUGAGCUCUCCCACCAGCAUCACCAGCCUACACCUUGUCGAGGUUCAGCUCCCCAAGCUGUCUGUGGCCCUGCUGUCGGGACUCGGGGUCCAGAUGACCAUCAGUGCAAAGCUGCAGCUCAGCGGCAACUGCCUGGUUGGCCUGCUUUCAGAACUGGUUGAUAUCUCAGUGGAUGUGAACCUUCAUACAAACAUUAAGUGCACGAACUUCGAGUCGGGCACAGUCCAGGUGGUCAUUGAGGACUGUCUCUGCAUCCUCGGGGCCGUGAAGAUCCGGCUCCUGUCUGGCCUACUGUCCCUAUCAGUGAAUGAGCUGGUGCUUAACCAGCUGACAGGAACCCUGCCUGGUGUGCUAUGUCCAGUCAUCAACCUGGUCGUCAACCUGGUGAACAUCCAGCUCAUGGGCACCCUCAAUGCGGUGGUGCCGGUGGGUACUGCAGGGACCAUUCACUACCAGCUGGCCAGCCUCCCCUUCACCUCAGGCUUGUUCCUGGGCUUGGAUUUGGAUGGAGCGGUGAAGCAGGUGGGAGGCAGCAUCAUCCCCCAUGACUCGUCCCCCUCUGCUUUGCCCCCACUGUUGGACAAAACGAUGGUCAUGGGACUGCGCCAGAGCUUUCUGAGUUCAGCCAUGUGCCUCCUGCUCCAGAUACCAUCACAGACCUUCACCUGCACGCCAGAAGCCUUCUCCGGUGCCAGCCACCUGCAAGAAGCCAUCGCAGGCCUGGCUCCUGCUGGGUGCUUAUCCUGCCAUGGCACCAGCCCUCUGAGCAUUAAGCUGACGUUGUUUGGGAACCCACUCAUCCUCUUGGAAGAGAACAGUGCCACAGUGGAGCUGUCAGUCAUGGUUCAGGUGUUUGUCAGGCGUUCGGAUGGAUCCAUCCUCAACAUCCUGCUGCUGAGGGCCGACCUCGGGCUCGGUGCCCACUUGUGGAUUGCUGGGAGCAGACUGAUGCUGGGGCUGUCCCUGGGCAGCAUUUCCCUCUCCUUGGAGUCAUCUGCUGUUGGUAUCAGUGAUAUCUCACUCCUGAAGCCUCACUGCAGGGAUAUGCUGGUGGAAGUGCUGCUGCCUCUUGUCAAUGAUGCUGUGGGCAUUGGGAUCCCGCUGCCAAAUGUGCUGGGGCUCUCCCUGCUCGGGGCUGACGUGCAGGUGUUGGUGGGACUGGUGGUGAUUCUGUUGUGAGCUGGGCAGGACGAGGCAUGGAGAGGCCUUUCUGGGCAGAGGAGGAGGAGGAGGCCAGCAAGGAAGGAGCACUGGCACCAGCAUUCUCUGCUUUGCUUUUCUAACCUUGAUUCGAAGCUUGGUAACGACACGUGGAGGUGAAUUGGCUGGUGGGAGCAGGAAGGAACCUGCACAACCCCAACCCCAACGGGCAGCUCCAUGUGCAAAGCUUUAUUCAGAGGCAUCAGCGUGAGCUUGGGGUCUCAGUUACAGCAGUUGCAGCUCCUGUGACCCCAGCCCUGCCCUGGAGAUGCAGAGCCAUGCACAAAGGCCAGAGCAUCCUCUGGCAAACAAAUGCAUGUUUUCACUGCUGUAGCUCAUUCCUUUUGGGAACAUGGUUUAAGACACAUUAGUUGAAGAAUAAUGGUUGCAGCUCUACCAGGAAACUUUUAUGAGGAGCAGUUCCUGCUAUUGCCAACUUUGGGCAUUAAAAUCAUUAGUCAGGUCCCCAA